CCGCCCUCCCGCUCGCCGUGCGUAUCUUCACUACGCCUGACUGCCGGCUCACAGCCUUGUUUCUCUUGCCCGUCCAUAUCGACGUAUCUUUGUUCUGACCUUGCUGGGCAGCUAAUCACCGGUAACUCCAGUAACCUGCUGUUCAACCUAGUUAACAUUUACCCUGUAGCUCGGUCGCUCCGUCUUGGAAGAUCCACGCUGCAUCCACGUCUUGACGUGCCACCAACGGAGCACGGGUUCUAUUCACACCAGUCUGUCUGGGUCGCGCUUUAUUUUUUGCAACUGGCCCAAUUUAAAAGUAUUUGGCUCCUCCCACGACUAGUGUCAUUGCCGCCACCGCCACCGCCAGUGCUGCGCUUGCUCGACUCGUUCAACUUCUCAGUUGUCAAGAGUGAAGGUUCAUCGGUAGCCGUUGCAAUCACCUCGUCAAGGUGAGGGCAUGGCUCAUGAGGAGAUCCGGAAGUUUGAGAAUUUGACGUUAGACCCGAAUUUUGCGAAUACAUCUGCGUUGACCGAAAAUGGACAUGGGCGUGGGGAUGUGCCAAACGCGAAUGGCAGUGCUAGGCGAGUUCCUUCUGAUACCGCUAAAUCAAACCACCAACAUACAAGACCCCUAGAGGGAAGUGAUGGUCCAUUGAAGGACGCCCAUGUCCCGACGCCUCCCAUCCCUGUGCCUUGUCCUGAAGACCAUCAUUUCAGAACGGGUGCGGCCGAUGACCUGGAAUAUAACCAUCACCCUCGUUAUAUCCAUCCAUCGCCACUCGAGCAGUUUGCCCGAAACGAUCAACCUUCACUCAGCCACAAUGCUGAUUACUCGCUUGAUCCUGGAUGCCGGAACCAACUGGAAAUCCCAGCAAUCGAUCUGAGGCACGGUGUCGACCCGUCUGUGGAUAGCUUGUCUCAUCAGGAACGCGACUCCGGAAGCUCCGCAAAUGUGUUUCCUAUCGGUUCACCUCCCCGGGACUUUUUCUCCAGACCAGUGGAGAGCUGUGGGGGUGACACUGAGCCUGCUGGGGAGCGCCCCACCUCUCUCACAUCUCUAUCCACUGCUUCCCCUGUCACUGAUGAAGUGCGUACGCCUCCGGAAACAAACCGGGACAUAUUUUUGUCACCAUUUUCAGCUUCUCCAAGGGUCUACCGCCCUGCAUCUUUGGAUGAUGCGACCGGUUGGUCUGGCCUUGUCCCUCAGCCGUUUGGCAGUCGGUCAAAAGGCUAUACUCUAGGCAGGGAUGGCAGUUUGCGGCACAACCUAUGUCAUGACUCCGGUCGCUCUACCAACUCAAGUGGUAAAUCUCCAGCCAGCACGUUUCUGUCCCUAUGGAGUCGCGAUGAGGUUCCCCCGAAACCUGAUGAUGAAGGUCAAGUUGUAGGGACAGACUAUGUGAUCGGCAAGCAGAUUGGUUUUGGAGGAUUUAGCACAGUGAAGGAAGCAUUUAAGGUUAAUGGAGAUGGUGGACCGGAACGGUUUGCUGUUAAAAUUGUGAGGAAGCACCUCGCCGGCCAGAGCGAACGUGAAAAUGAUCAAGUCCAAGCCGAAUUCGAUCACGAAGUGCGCAUUUGGCGAUACCUAAACCACCCUAACAUUUUGCCACUCGAAGCAGUUUACGAAACCGACUAUGCUACAUUUUGCUUCACAAAAUUAACCACAAGGGGAACCUUGUUCGACCUGAUCCGCAGACAUCGCCAAGGCCUUCAAAUGAACACUGCCCGAAACUAUGCAUAUCAAUUAGCGUCCGCUAUUAGAUACCUGCAUGAGGAUGCACGUGUUGUCCAUCGAGAUAUUAAGCUUGAAAACUGUCUUCUGGAUGCACCGGUUUCUAACCAAUAUGAUGACGCAGCCCACUUAAUCCUAUGUGACUUUGGAAUGGCGGAAUGGAUGACAUCGGAAAACGGUGGUGGAAGCUCACCUGAUCCGUACGACAAUGCAGCAGAUCGACCACCUCCAAAAGCCAUAGGCCCUUCUGACACAAGCACCAGUGUUGCUGGAAGCCUGGAAUAUGCCUCUCCGGAGCUGUUAUCAUCUGUGGAUGGACUUAUUGAUCCAAUUGUGGAUAUAUGGGCGUUUGGAGUUGUUGUCUUUGCUCUGGUCGUGGGUUCUCGGCCUUUUCAAGACUCCUUUAAACCACGAAUCAAACUCAAUAUUAUGGGUGGUCGUUGGGAUAGAAGUUCUGUCCUGAAAGGUCAUGGUGAUCUUCAAGAUCGACGGAACGCAUUGGAGUUAAUCCAGGGCUGUUUGGAUAUGGAUCCGACGAGGAGAUGGACCAUUCGGGAAGUGUUACAAUGCCGUUGGUUUCAGGGGUGUUCUGACAGCGCAGACCACGCUGGCGAUACUCCGCAAUGGGGAUUUUAGGCCCUGCGUUCUAUCCACUUUGAUUGCGUCCGUUUUACUUGGGGUAUUUUACGCCGGUUAUGUAAGAAACCACCAAGGUCUGAUGCAAUCAUACGGUGUCCAAGGCGGAUUUUUCAUUCAUUCUGAUUUUCAUCCAUGCACUUUAUAUCCCUUGUUGUGUUAGCGUUCGUAUUUGAUACCCGUGACUGUCAUCUGCCAAAUGGUUGUCGCAUCUACCUAUUAUAUACCUAUCUGCACUCUUUUUUUUUCUGACCUGGAAGGGGCCGGCCUUUUGUUCAUUGACGGUUUAGGGAGUCUAUUUACGAUUGCAUCCGAUUGCAUCCGAGUGUUAUGCUUCCUUAUGCCAUCACGAAUUUCCUUUCCCUUCUCUUCAUUUUUUCUCUUCAGCAGAUCAUGUCCACUUUUGCUUAUGCAUUGAUGAAAUUGAAUCGCGUGCGGCUGGCUGGAAUUUUGAGAAGUUUCCGUUUUCCAUUUCGGUUUCGAGUUAUGGUUUUUUUUUUAAUUCAUUUUAUCACCCUACUCCUAAUUAGUUUGUUCUUAGCGCUGUCACCGCCUCUUAAAACAUCUCAGUUUUGUUGUGUGUAUUACUGUCGAAUCAACCCCAACUUCUCCCCAAUUCUCUCAUCAUCAUUUUACCUUUCCCUUUAUCCCCUUUCUUUUCCUAGGGAAUGAUAAAACUCCAACGCAAGAGUAUUCCCACCGCACUCUGUCAUUGUUCCCUGCCCAUACCCAAAAGGCGUUCUUGCUUUUGGUCUAACGGGACAAACAGAUCAUGUGUCGACUAUACAAAAUGCAGUUUCAAGGCUUUUAAGGAUGGUGACAGGCAGUGUUUGUAUCUGGAGACUUUCCACUCACGACGUGACCUACCUCAUCCUCCAUAGGUUCUAUCCCGCUUCUUGUUCUCUCUAGGGUUUCCCUGUUCUUUGCGUUGUCGUUUUAUUCGUGGUUUCUAGCGGGAUUUGUGGCCCGGUUCGCUUUUCUACCAGGCUCUGUUCUCGUCCUACGUCCCGUUUGAAUUUGAUUCUCUGCCUUUCCGCAGAUAUUGCUAGAUCCUUCUUUCCACCUUUUUCUUUUGUUUUGUUUUUUUUUUUUUUUUUUCUUGCGCGAGCUUUUAGAUUGCACUCUCUAUGCUUCUGAGUUUUCUCUUCUUUUCUUUUCUUGUGUUUUUAUAUCCCAUCAAUGGCAUUUUUGUACUUAGUUGGGCGUUUUAUGAGAGUGGUGAACCCCUUCACUGAUGAACACGAUAAUGUUGAUAAUACGAUGCAAGCGGACGUGUUAAUAAAACGUUUAGGGGAAAGGGACAAGGGGUUAACCUGUAUGUUAAGUAAUUAAUUAGUGUUAGAUUCCAAGAAGUGAAAUUGUGAAUUUAAAAACUUGUU